UUUAGUUAUAUCCCUUUCCUCAAGAAAUCUACAAAAACCGACUUAAUAGCUUUCGAGUCUCUCCUUCGUCUUCAUUGAAUUUUUCUAGGGUUAGAGCUUUUUGAGUCUCUCGAUCGAUUUCGCGAGCUCUGCGAUUUUAUUGAACUAGGAUCUGAAAACAAGAAAUGGGUGGAGAUGCAGAUUCGAGUCAGCCGCUGACUGCUGAAGGAGGAGCCGGAGGAGAAGCUGUCGCCGUCAACGUCAGGUGCUCGAAUGGCACGAAAUUUAGUGUUACGACGAGCCUCGAUUCGACGGUCGAGUCUUUCAAAGAGUUGAUUGCGCAGAACAGCGAUGUGCCAGCUAAUCAGCAGCGAUUGAUUUAUAAAGGUCGGAUCCUCAAGGACGAUCAGACGCUCCUCAGCUAUGGUUUGCAGGCUGAUCACACCGUUCAUAUGGUUAGAGGCUUUGUACCUUCUUCAGCACCUCCUUCUGCUCCCGCUGCAAACGCUGGAAACCAAACCACUGCUCCAGCUGUUGGUUCAAAUAAUAGCUCUAAUCUUGGAGGAACGAGUCCUGGGGAAUCUUUGUUCCCUGGGCUUGGAUUUAAUCCUUUGGGUGGGGGAAAUGCUAUGGCUGGAUUAUUUGGUUCUGGUCUUCCGGAUCUUGAGCAGGCACAGCAACAACUAGCUCAAAACCCUAACAUGAUGAGAGAUAUGAUGAAUACACCAGCCUUCCAGAAUAUAAUGAAUAACCCAGAAUUUAUGAGGAGUAUGAUUAUGAAUAACCCUCAAAUGCGUGAGCUUGUAGAUCGCAAUCCUGAGCUUGGUCAUGUGCUCAAUGACCCAAGCAUCCUUCGCCAAACUUUAGAGGCUGCGAGAAACCCUGAGCUUAUGCGUGAAAUGAUGCGGAAUACCGAUAGGGCGAUGAGUAACAUUGAGUCUAUGCCUGAGGGAUUUAAUAUGCUUAGGCGCAUGUAUGAAAACGUCCAGGAACCAUUAAUGAAUGCUACUACUAUGUCUGGUAAUGCUGGAAGCAAUACAGGCUCUAAUCCAUUUGCUGCUCUUCUGGGAAACCAGGGGGUCGCUACACAAGGAAGUGAUGCUACUAAUAAUUCUUCAACACCGAAUGCUGAAACCGGUACAGGGAAUAGUAUUCCAAAUGCAAAUCCACUUCCUAAUCCUUGGGGUUCUACGGCUGGCCAGACAACUGCCUCUGGAAGGACAAAUUCUGGUGGGGACGCAAGAAGUCCUGGACUUGGUGGUCUUGGUGGCCUUGGUGGUCUUGGUGGACUUGGUGGAUUCGGAGGCCUCGGUAUGCUUGGAGCGGAUUCACCUCUAGGUGCGACUCCAGAUGCUUCUCAAUUGAACCAAAUACUGCAAAACCCAGCUAUGUCGCAGAUGAUGCAAAGCGUACUUUCCAACCCACAAUACAUGAAUCAGCUUAUGAGUCUCAACCCCCAACUCCGAAGCAUGCUAGAUUCAAAUCCUCAGUUGAGGGAAAUGAUGCAGAACCCUGAGUUCCUUCGCCAGUUUAGCUCUCCAGAGAUGAUGCAGCAAAUGAUGACUCUACAGCAAUCACUUUUCUCUCAAAAUAGGACCACGGCCGGCCAGGAUCCGGGUCAAACUGGUGCUGCGACAGGGACGGCCAAUAAUGGGGGGAUGGAUUUUUUGAUGAAUAUGUUUGGAAGUCUUGGUGCUGGCGGCUUGAGUGGCACAAACCAACCAAACGUUCCACCUGAGGAGCGUUUUGCUACACAGUUGCAACAGUUGCAGGAAAUGGGAUUCUACGACAGAGCAGAGAACAUAAGGGCAUUGAUUGCAACCAAUGGUGACGUUAACGCUGCUGUAGAACGACUCUUGGGGGGUAUUGGCCAGUAGAGCACAGGUUCGUCAACUGAGGAGCGUGAACUUGUGGAUAGAAAAAGCCGCGCAUCGAAUACGGUAUUUGUUUUCAGUGCUCAGUCAAAGCUUCUUCCUGCCUCUUUUUUACCCAAUUGCCAACCCAAAACCUUCCUUUUUAUCUUUUUUUACAUAUUUUGGAUCGUCUGUUACUGUUUCAGAUUCUAUUUGAAGUUGUUACAACGUACAUCUGUAGAAGUUGGUUUCGGUAUGUGAAAUGGAUAGUACAUUUACGUUA